AUGAAUAUUCGUUGUGCUAAACCCGAAGAUUUAAUGGCCAUGCAACAUUGCAACUUGUUGUGUUUGCCAGAAAAUUAUCAAAUGAAAUACUAUUUCUAUCAUGGUCUCACCUGGCCCCAAUUAAGUUAUGUAGCAGCCGACGAUAAGGGCAACAUUGUAGGCUAUGUACUUGCCAAAAUGGAAGAACCUGAAUCUGGAGAGGAUAGCAAACGUGGCCACAUUACUUCACUGGCAGUUAAACGUUCCUAUCGUCGUUUGGGUUUAGCUCAAAAGUUAAUGAAUCAAGCUUCCAAGGCUAUGGUUGAAUGUUUCGAUGCUCAAUAUGUCUCUCUGCAUGUACGCAAAAGUAAUCGUGCUGCCCUUAAUCUUUACACAAAUACAUUGAAAUUUAAGAUUAUUGAAAUCGAACCUAAAUAUUAUGCUGACGGCGAGGAUGCCUACGCCAUGAGACGUGAUUUGGGAGAAUUUGUUUCGCCCAAUGCUAAACAGGAGGCCGAUAGUGAGGACCAGCAAGAUAAUAAAGAAAACAAAAUUCAUUAUCGCGAAUCAUUACCUCAUAAUCACGAUCAUAGCAAUCAUGAUGGUCAUUGCUGCUAAAAUAUAUAAUUAAAAAAAGAACUGAAACAACUAUUGCGAAAGGUGUAGCAAUUAAUUAAGCAAAUUUAUGCGUAAAAGUAUUUGCAUAUAAUAAAAAAACUAAUUAUUUGCAUUUUUCUAGAAAUUUUUAUUUUUUUAUCGAAUUGAUAAACAUUUAAUUUAGUUUUUCUUUAUUUUUUCUUUUUGUCAUUAUCUCAAUGUAAAGCAAAACUAAAUGUCCAAAUUCUUUAAUAAAGAAUUUUUGAAAAACAAAA